UAACAUAAAAAAUCAACCACUUGCAUGAAGCAAUUCCAGGAGAUGAAACGCUCAUACGGUUUUCGAAAUCGAGGAUCCGUCUCCUCCAUUGCUCCUCAAGACGAUAGCCCAGAUGAUCCUGUCUUCCACCUCGGUAAGUUAACUUCAAAUUAAUUUUAUCUACAAUGUUUAUUUUUCGCUGUAUAUUGUCCUAUGAGCCUUGAAUACUGGACGCCCUACUCUAUCGUUUUUCUUUUCAAACAGCACCGAGGUAUGCGUGCCCACAUGUGCGACGUCGCGUUGCUUCAGCUUCGGCUUCCUCGUCGCAUCGACGAGUACGCCUCGGAGGGGCACAGAAGCGACUGCGGUGGUUCCGAUUCGGAGAUGGAUUAUGUAUCGCUAAAAGACACAAGUCCUGACUCCGAUGAGCUAUUAUAUGCAGCUGAUAAGGGUCCAUGGCAACGCAAAGCCCCUGGCACCAAUAGGUUCGUGUGGCAGAAGCAGGAUGAUUUCCCGCGGCACUGGUGGUUCAAGGGCUGUCCUGGGGUCAAAGUUCCCAACCUGAAUGCCACUUCCUCGUCCGCAGACGUCUAUCGCUGCAUCGUCACAGACGAAUUUAUGGACGUUAUCGUCCGGGGCACAAACUGGUACUGCCAGUGUUACCCAAAAGAGUUCGGUUUUUGAAAAAAGUCCACGCGUUGCGCUUCUUGAUGUCGCUGCAGUCGAAGCCUAAACAGAAGGACUUCUGGAGGCAGGACCCCUCGAAAAGUGGCUUUUUUUUUUGUUUCCACAGACGAUGACGAAGGACAGGUUCGAGACGCUAUGCAGUCGCCUACACACGGCGAGUGAGGAUAGCGUGAAACCUGUCACUGACCGCUUGUGGAAGCUUCGGUCAAUUGUCGAUCGAUGACAAUCUGUGGAAGUUCCGUAUGGAAACAUGUUAAUAAUGGCGCUUGCUUUGAGGUAAAAAUCUACAAGCUCGCAGUCAGUUAUGGUAAGUUGUCUUGAGAUUCACGUGUGGGCUUGGCUGCAUAUACGUAUGUUUGUCUAUAGGUUAUAUUGUAAACAUAUUUUUAAAAAUAAUAUAUCUUUUCCAACCACGAGCUCAGGCUACGUCAGCCCCUUCCAGAUCUACACGGGACGGACAAAGAGGACAUGCCUGCAUUGUCGCAGGUCGUCAUCGACAUGAUGGGCACUGCGGACCUGUUUGGAAAGGGGUACGAGGUCUAUACCGAUGCCAGGUAGACCUCUUCAGGCCUUUUACACUACCUGCAGAGUCGACAUGUCAAUGAAGUUGGCAUGGUUCAUGUGAGCCACAGGUAUAUGCCAAAAGACCUGCAGGGAAAGGCCCGUGGUGAUGUGGACUGUUGCAGCAAGAGUAAGAGCAUGUUGUGCCUUCAGUGGUACGACAAGAGGCCCGUCACAAUGCUCUCGACAGUUCACAAUAGCGAGAUGGUCACAAUUUCGGACCUGUAUGACCGACAGAGGCUGAAGCCUAAAGUCGUCGCCGACUACGUCAGGACGAAGAGGGUAGACUUGAGUGACCAGCUGUCUUAUACAAAUUGGUAGAGAUGGCGGUCGUCAAUGCCUUCUUAGUGCACAGAGCCCUUGGUGGGACACUGCCUCAGCGGGCCUUGUGUGGACACUGUAAAGUGGCUUUGUGCCAAUAAGAAGGCUUCCAGAUCUACUACACAGUAGAGAAUUAUGCGUAAUGUAUAUAUUUAACAUCAAAAUAAAUAUAUAC